AUGGCAGAAAAAAUCUUAUUCCCGUUAUUUGCGCCGCCGCAGCUCCUUCCCGCCUCUCACCGGCCCCCCACCGAAAUCCGUUUCUCCCGGUGGAACAACUCGAAAUUCCGCCGUGAGCGUGAGCCUCAGGUACAGAAAGAGCUCGAGGACAAACGCCGCUUCGAAAAACGAUUCGAUUCCGCCCUCACAAUCGCACAUAACUACAACCCUGCCCCUCCCCUCCCCACCACCUCCAAAUCCACCGGCACCCCGUCGGCCCCUUCCUCCCCUUCCAUCCCCGGAAAAGCUUCCAAGUACUCCAAAAAACCCCACCCCGCCUUCAAGCCCCGCAAAACCAGAGUUGAAGAAGACGAAAAUAAUGAAAAAAAUCCAACUCAAAACCAGAACCAAAAAAAUUCAGCUGGCCUCAGUUUUAGAAUCGACGAGAAUGGAGUUUCUUAUGAGAUGCCUGAGGCCCCCUUCUUGUAUCAGUAUAGUUAUACGGAGACACCUAAGGUGAAGCCAGUGAAGCUGCGUGAGCCGCUGGUGUCCCCAUUCGGACCUGACACCAUGUCAAAACCAUGGCUGGGCCGGAGGCCGAUGCAGCCCAGCAAGAAAAAGCUUCCGGAAUUCGACUCAUUUAAUCUGCCACCGCCUCAUAAGAAAGGGGUGAAGCCAGUCCAGGCUCCUGGGCCAUUUCUUCCUGGUUCUGGUCCCAAAUACGUUCAGUCCCGGGAGGAGAUCCUUGGGGCGCCUUUGACUAAGGAUGAAAUCGAGGAGCUCAUGAAUUCGUGUAAAAAGACUAACCGGCAAUUGAAUAUCGGAAGAGAUGGCCUAACACAUAACAUGUUGGACAAUAUACAUGCUCUUUGGAAGCGAAGAAGAGUCUGUAAAAUAAAAUGCAAGGGUGUAUGCACUGUGGAUAUGGACAAUGUGUGUGAACAAUUGGAGGAAAAAACCGGAGGGAAAAUUAUAUACAACAGAGGCGGUGUCGUAUACCUUUUUCGUGGAAGAAACUAUAACUUUAAAUCUCGACCAAGCUUUCCUCUUAUGUUGUGGAAGCCCAUUUCCCCAGUGUACCCAAGACUGGUUAAACGAGUUCCCGAGGGUUUGACUUUGGAAGAAGCAAGUGAUAUGCGAAAUAGAGGUCGUCAUCUAUCACCAAUAUGCAAGCUUGCAAAAAAUGGAGUUUACUGUGACCUUGUGAACAAUGUCAGGGAGGCGUUUGAAGCCUGUGAGCUAGUGAGGAUCGAUUGUCAGGGACUGAACCCGAGUGACUACAAAAAAAUAGGUGCCAAACUCAAGGAUCUCGUACCUUGUGUUCUAUUAUCAUUUGAACAAGAACACAUGCUUAUGUGGAGAGGACGCGAUUGGAAGUCUGUGAUGGAACUGGGCGAGAGCCGAACGAGUUUGCAGCAAGGAACGAACAAUGUUAAAGCUAGCGAACUAUUAGCACCAUCAUCCCCUACUGUUCCAAGCUCUAUUGACAAGGAGAACAUUUUCGAAACAAGGUUAAAGCCUUUGUCUGCAAGCUUUAGUGGUGAGGAUAAUUUACAAGCUCCCAAUCAAAUAGUUGAGAGCGAUACUAUGGAAAACAAUGGAAGCGGUGAAACUGCAUUCAGCAUCUCCCCAGUGGUUUCCUUUGAGCGGUUAAACAGCACAAACGAGCAAAUGAAUUCCAGCAUGCCCUGUACUGAAGGAAUUCUAUUGCUCAGAGAACAAGCUGUCGAAAGUGGGAUGGCAUUUUUGUUGGAUGAUCGUACCUUAGAUGCCGAUACUGUUUUUAAGGAGUCUGUCGCUUUUGCCAAGACUGCUCCGGCCGGGCCUGUCUUUAGAUGGCGGCAUAAGGAGAAGUUAGCUGCAGCUGCUGAAGAAAACAAGGAACAAGAUUGCGACGGUUUAGAUGGAGCUGUUUUAGGGAUGCAAUCCACCGUUUCUGUGAGGAGAAAUGAAAGAAAGACUGAUAUAAAUGAGAAUAUGAAAGAAAUUAAAGCAGAUUAUCUCAACGUAGUUGGUCAAGGAAGCCUGGGUGUUGAUGAACUUGCCAAAUUACUAGCUUGA